AUGGAAUCCAAGAAACCAACAAUGAAGUGGGCUACUCUAUUGUCUUUGUUGUCAUUCUGGUUUUUGACAGUUGAUUCUGCCAUUGUUUCGCCUCGGAGCUCUAAGGGGUUGUUGAACAGAAGAAAAGCAAUUUCAGAAGAGCUCGCACCGGUGCUAAAACGUGACAGUCAUCAUUAUCAAGGACAGAGGAAAUCUGCAUCUGAGGAUAUAGUUGCACCCAAGUCAAAUAUCUGGUCAGAGUUAACUCCUACUGAAAUCAAUGGUGUAUACAAAUUGAUUAAAGAGAAAUUCAAUUUGACAGAUGCCAAUGACGCAACCCUCUUUGACAACUAUGCAGUCUGGAUCGCACUAAUUAACCCAAACAAGACCGAUGCACUUGAAUACUUAGAUGGUAAUGGACCAGCCCCUCAACGAUAUGCCCGUGCUUCAAUCUUUUUUGGAGGACAUGACUUUGCUAAGGAUAGUGAGCCAGAUGGGUAUUGGCAGAUUUAUCAAAUUGGUCCACUACCAGCUACCGAGAACACUGAAGUAGUAGAAAUGAACUGGGCUUAUACACAAAGUACUUUCCCUUUCGCUCAAGGAUACCGAGACGAUAAUAGAUGGAUUCUAGAAGACAUUUUCUUUGAAGACUUAUUCCAGACAAAUGAGGUUAAAGCAAUCGUCGAGGAUCUUAUAGGAGGCAAAUCUUAUGGACUGGAAGGUUCCAAAAUGCAACUUGGUUCUACAGAUCCUUUGGUCUAUGACAGGGAAACAAAGUCAGUUUUCUCUUGGGGUACUGUUUUUCUUGAUAAUGAAUGGAGAGCUGGAGAUAUCUUACCGACUGGACUCUUUUUCAAAACAAAUAUAACCGGUAGAGAUUCGUCUACAUUUAAGGUCGUUCUGUGGGUGUACAAUAACGUAGCCUAUAAUUCUACAGAGGCAUUCUAUGAAGCUUGGAAAUCCAAAAGCAUUUUCAAGUUACCUCAAGUCAGCACCAACCAAAAUUGGACCAAUCCUAGUAGAAAUGGAGAUUCAGAUACCCGCUUGCUUGAUGACCGUACUUCUCCUAUUGUCAUAGAACCACAAGGGCGUAGAUGGCAAGUAAAUGAAAAAGAGAGAUAUUUUACAUGGAUGGACUGGAGUUUUUAUAUCUCUUAUAACAGAGAUAAUGGUAUUCUGUUUUUUGAUAUCAAAUUCAAAGGUCAAAGAAUUUUGUAUGAAUUAAGUUUGCAAGAGGCAAUUGCUGAUUACGCUGGUGAUGAUCCAUUUCAGGUUCACACUGCCUUCUUAGAUACUUCCUAUGGUUGGGGUAACAAUGCGUAUGGUUUAAUUCCAGGAUAUGAUUGUCCAGCCAACGCUGCUUACUUUAAUGGUUCAUGGAACGCUGCAGGCGUCAACAAUUUUCAAAAUAAUACGUAUUGUGCUUAUGAAUCAAUGGAAGAUUAUCCAAUCACCCGUCACACUGGAAGGGACUAUGUAUCAGUCUCCAAGGCUGCAACUUUCAACAUCAGAUUUGUUGCUACUAUUGGAAACUACGAUUACAACUUCAACUACAAGUUUUUUAUGGAUGGAACAUUACAAGUUACUGUUAGAGCCGCUGGCUUUAUUCAGGGUGCUUACUAUAACCCUUAUACAGCUGAACCGUUUGGUUAUAAGAUUCAUGACACUCUUUCUGGUUCAUUUCAUGAUCAUAUUAUCAACUUCAAGGCUGACUUUGACAUCGGUGGAACAAAGAAUAGAGUCUCCAACACGGCCCUUAAACCUGCAACUUUCGUAUACCCAUGGGAUCCUGAUACGGAAUACAAUACAAAAAUCAAAGAGAGAACAGUCUUUGAAACAGAAACCUCCUUGAACAUGGAAGAUGUCGGCAAUUUAUUAAUUGAAAGUGCAGAUGCGAAGAACAAAUGGGGAAACCCAAAGGCUUACCGUGUAUACGGUUCACUUGGCCGUAGAAUUGCAGAACCUUCGCAAAAAUUAGCCGAAAAUGCCAAUUGGGCUGAUCAGGACAUUCACUUCACCAAGCAAAAAGAUUCAGAAUUUACUUCAACAGGAGUUUUCAAUGCUAACAGUGUCUUUUCUCCACAAGUAAAUUUUCAAACCUUCCUUGAUAAUGAAAACAUAGACGGUGAAGAUGUUGUCUGUUGGUUCAACCUAGCCUUACAUCAUUUGCCCACCACCCAAGAUGUUCCUGGUACAAUAUUUACGACAGCGAAUUCAGAAAUAGUAAUGACUCCUUACAAUUACUUUGAUUCCGAACAGUCUAGAGAUACCAGACAACAGUUCCUCUAUUUGGACCGAGGAGGGGAUCCAACUACAGACUUAUUUGGAACUCAAUUGCAGAGUAUGCGAUAUGAUAUUUCUCCUCUUGAUUUCUCUUCAGUCAAUUUUGCAGGUAUUCAACAAGGGAAAGACAUGACUAAUAUUCCUUCUCUGUAG